UCCGAUCUACUUUCACAUAUAAUAAUAUGACGUUGAUCAAUCGAUUCCACCAAUGGACAAGUAAAUAUAUAAUAAUCAGCGAGUGCAAAACUUCUUUCUCUACAAAUUGAAAGCGUGAGAUCUAAAAAUUUAUUAUUUUUUUCUUUGAAUUAUCAACUUCCUUAGAAUAGAAAAUAAAAAGACCGAAUUGCAACAAAAGAAUUUUAAAAAAAUUAAGUGUUUUAACAGCGAAAGGUUACCAUGAAAAUUCUUAACAAAAAAAAAGUUCCCAUUCAUUGUAUGCGGUCGCGUUGAAAUGAAAAUAAUAGAAGCGAGGAGCAGGAAGCAGAAUAGGGAACAGCAGAAUAAGUAAAGUGAGCAAGGUAAGAAAACUAAAAGUAAAAUUUUCUAAAUAAAAGCAACGAUUGCUGUCUAUAAUAAACGUUCUCCAGUUUUUUGUGCAGUCGAUCAAAUAAAGAGUACACUCGCCAUUAAAUUUCUUCAGCAACAUUCCCAUGGCUCAUUGGACUCGUAUAUGUAACUAGAAGCAAUCCAUAGACCAGAGCAUAGACCUGUUGGACAUUCAUGUGUUUAUGUUAGUAAAUACGUAAAUGUAAGAAUAAGAAUGAUAGAAGAAGAAGGUGGUUCAUUGGCUCAUGCUCUUCAUAUAUAUUACCCGUUAUGUUUGAGUCCAGGGACCUCUGAGAAGGGCACAGAACUACGAGUAUACUCCCACCUUCUUGGUGUUUACUUCUAUUCUAGCAUUCACUGAUUCAGAGUAUCAACGAAAUUACCUGAGACUAGAUGUAGAGGUAGAGGUAGCACACAAGAACCAACUCUAGCUACUUUACACAGCACUACAACUAGUAUUGCAGGUAUAAAAGUAAAGGUUCUGAUGGAGAUGGAGGUGGUAUCGUAGUAAUUCUAACUCUAAAUAAAAGCAAAGACUUUAAAUGCUACAGUACACUAGUGUAGCAUGUGAUUGUACCGAGUCCUCGAACACUUACAUCAACUUACUACCACUUUUUCCACGUUUCUCUUGUGCUCUUCCCCCACUUUAACAGUAUCCACCGAUCUCCACUACUUUUGUACCAUACUCUUCAUUCCAGCUACCAGCUACCAGCUACCACCAACCAGAAACCAACAGCCAACGCGAAAGGUUCUUUUAAACCUGGGUAACUCUCGGCGCCAGUUUACCAGAACUCUUCAGUAUUCAGUUACACUUGCGGACCACGAGUGUACGGUAUUAUUUAACAUACAACGUGGACUGCUGGAUGAUUGGUCGUGUGUACGUGGAUCAGUUUUUGAAUUACAUCAACACUAAUGUAAAACAACAACGCGGACUCUUUCUUGGUGGGCGAACAAUUUGGUGGAAUUAUUUAAAAGCGCGAUGAUGAGUUGCAGCAGUCAUUGGUGAAGAAAGCAAAUGUUAUGCGCACUUUCGCAUUAGAAAAUUGAAUCACAAUGACGGUGUAAAAAUUUUUAAGUGCUUUGUGUAUGUGUUAUUUUAUUUAAAUUAUUUAUAAAAUGGCAAGUGGAAUAAUGACAAUAAAAAGUGCAAUGAUCUUGACCAUAGUCUUGCUGAUAAUAGAACUAAGUAAUGCACAAUGGCAGCCUUGUAUAGAAUUAAAGCAGGAUUUGCACAUCCCUUGCAAAUGUUCCCAAUCACCAGAGCAUCCGCAGUCGUUACGCAUGGACUGUGAUCGGGUGAUAUUCACCCGAGAGUCAUUGGAAUUGCUGAGAGACCAGCCAGUUAUUUCAAUAAGCCGUCGUCACAGUGGAUAUCAAAAAUUACCCGAAGAUUUAUUGAGCUCGGGAUUCCAAUUGGAGAAGCUCGAUCUCACCGGUAAUUCGAUUCAGCGGCUGAUGGAUCGCAAUUUACAGCUGCAGAGCCACUUGAAAGAACUCCGUCUCGGGGACAAUUUGCUCGGUGAUAAUCUGAACCCCAUAUUCUCCAGCAACGAAUUUCGCGAGCUAGCUGAGCUAAAGCUUCUAGACCUUCACGGUAAUGGACUGAGAAGUAUCGAAGAGGGAAUAUUCAAAGGCUGUAUCAACUUGGAAGAUCUUUAUCUCGAUGAUAACAAUUUGACAAUCGUGCCAGCAGACUCUUUGAAAGGUCCGCGGGCCAUCAGAAUCCUUUCUCUCGCCGGGAAUAGUAUAGGUUCAUUACCAAGAAAUGCCUUUGGAAGCCUUGGAGAAUCUCUUUUGCGUGUUGACCUGAGUCGCAAUGAGCUGUUACACAUGGAAGACGACGCUCUUGUUGGUUUAAAGCACCUGCUCUUCUUGAAUCUCUCCCGCAACGAUCUCACUCGAUUCAACAGCGACGUAUUCAAAGGUGCUCACAAUUUACUACAAUUGGAUCUGUCGACAAACUUUCUCCAAGAAUUUCCAUCAGAUGCACUCAGACACCUGACGAGAUUGAAAUUCCUCAACAUAUCCAACAAUCUAAUCACUGAGAUCGAGAGAAGCCACUUGAUGGAUUUGACAGAACUGCAAGUGCUGGAUCUGAGCAAAAAUAAUAUCGGAAGAUUAGGAGUUAAUGCAUUUGCGAAUCUUACGACGCUUGCACGUCUCGAUUUAAGCCUGAAUGCACUUAGGACGGUUGAAGAGUCAGCAUUCGAAGGUCUAGUGAAUUUGAAAUGGCUAUCACUGCAAGACAAUAACAUUCUACUGGUACCAGGAGCAGCAAUUAGCCGCCUUCCAUCGUUGACUCAUCUCCAUUUAGAGUUUAACCGGAUAGCAGCUGUCUCGAAUGACUUACUGCGAUCCGCCGCAGCGAACCUCGUUUCGCUGGCAAUGACAAGAAAUUUAGUUCGUGAAAUACCGCCGAGAAUGUUUCUCAACUUUGACAAACUCAUUAGCAUCGAGAUGUCGGGUAACAUGCUAUCAUCGCUUGCGCAGCAAACAUUCGUCGGACUUGAAGACACUCUUCUGAAUCUGGAUCUCUCUAACAACCGCCUGAUCUCGAUAGCGCCGCUUGCCCUAAAGAAUUUGCUGUCACUCAAUUUAGCAUCCAAUCACCUGAAACGAUUAACUCCAGAUACUUUUGCUAAUUUAUCAAAGCUGAAGUAUCUGAACAUCAGUGAAAAUCCAUUAUACGGAGGAUUUCCACCAGUUUUCCCGUCAUCUAUAGUGACUCUUGAUGCUUCAAGAACAGGUUUAAAAAUUUUACCGACAGUACUAUUACUCAAUCUUGAUUCAUUGGCUAAAUUACAUCUGGCUUACAAUCAUCUACAAGAGCUCGGUGAAGGAACUUUCCAACAUCUUUACAAUUUAACUCACAUUGAUUUGUCGAAUAAUAUUAUUGAGAGAAUAGACAAUGGUGCAUUUGUGGGUCUUAUCAACUUGUAUGAAUUAAAUCUCAAGGGCAACCGGUUAACAAAUUUUGCUGGUGAAUAUUUCAAUACUGGAACAGGUUUGGAGAUAAUUGACUUGUCUGAUAAUGCUAUAAGUUAUAUAUCACCAACGGCAUUUGUUAUUCAUCCACGUUUACGUGUUUUGAGAUUAAAUGGCAACCGAUUUUCAAAAUUCCCAAGUGAAUUUGUAAAACCACUGCAAUUUUUAGAGAUGAUUGAUUUAUCCGAAAACGCACUUAAAAAUAUCGGUGAAUUUGCAUUCUCACAAAUGGCACGUUUAAGAAAAUUAGAUUUGUCUGACAAUAAAAUAGAAUCUGUCGAUGAAUUGGCCUUUCACAAUUCGACGCAGCUGCAGUUUAUUGAUUUAUCGAACAACAUAAUUGACAGUCUGAGCGAGAGAACAAUGGAAGGUGUUGUGAGAAUUGAAUUUUUAAAUCUGCGCAAUAAUAAACUUACGACACUUCCCGAUACUAUUUUUGAUACCUCCCGCGUCAGGGCGGUUGAGAAAAUUGAUUUGGCUGAUAAUAAAUUUGCUGAGAUACCGAUACGCGCAUUGCAAAGACAAUCAUCGUCAUUGAAUUAUUUAAAUAUGGCAAGAAAUAAAAUGGUCGCAGUGUUUACCCAAGAAAUAAUCGGGAGUCUUAAAGAUUUAGAUUUAUCACAAAAUCCGUUGAGUGAAAAUGCUAUCAAAAGUAUUUUAGGCGAAGCUAAAAUAUUACGUUCACUCAAUCUUGCUCGCACAAAUAUCAAAAGUAUAAGCAGACUGGAGACACCAUUUUUGAAAUCAUUAAAUUUAUCGGGAAAUAAUUUAUCUGAAGUAAGGCCUUCAGCGCUGGAGCGAGCAACACUCUUGGAAACUCUAGAUCUGUCUAAUAAUAACAUCGAAGACUUUGCGAGUCUCUCCAACACAUAUAGAGUCCUUCCAGUCUUACGCAAUCUUGAUGUGUCGAGCAACAAAGCGAAGAAUGUAAACGAGAGUAGCUUCGAAGGCUUGGAAAAGUUACGCAAUCUCAAGAUGUCGAAUCUCUUGCAAGUAACGAGAAUAGAAAAGAGCGCAUUCAAGAGUCUCAAUAAACUAAAAACACUAAUCGCGUACGAUUAUCCCCGUCUCGGAUACUUUGACGUCCAGGGAAUUCUCAAAGACAUGCACGACCUCCAAAUACUUGACGUAGAAAUAAAAGACUCGACAGUGGGAAAUGAUCUGCUGACCAUCCGACUGCACCCACGGCUUCAAGAGCUGACUCUUCGCGGUGAAAGGCUCAAGAAUAUUUUAUCAAGCGCUCUCGCCGGUGUAAGAAAUUCCCACCUAAAACUAGGCAUAAAAAACUCGUCAAUAGAAUCCCUUCCCGCGGCAAUAUUCUUCCCGAUACCGCGAUCGACUCAAGUGGAUCUCGACAUUUCUGGCAGCAAGUUUUCAUCAAUUCCAGCUCAGUUUAUUAGCGCUCUGGACGAAAGAAGAGGAAUGGUUCGUGUCCAAGGGCUGGACACCAACCCCAUAAACUGCGACUGUGAAGCUAAACAUCUUUGGAGAUGGCUAAGAAUGAUUUCAACUAAUUUACAAGUUCGCUGCAAAAGUCCUAUUCAUCUCUACAACAAACACUUGAUUGACUUGACCGAAAAUCUUUUAUCGUGCGAACGCUCAACAACCCCGAGGUUCAUAACGACUCAGACGACUCCAUCAACCAGAUACACGGUCUCUGAACCCGACAUCAUAUGGACCGUAGCUCCAACUCCCCCAGACACUAGAAAUAAACACUACCCAGACAUGAAUGGACCCGCAGUCUCGGGGUCAACUACUACAGACGAUACUUUGAUUAUCGCGAUUGUCGGCGCAGUUGUUGUCAUAAUUCUCAUAACAUUAAUCAUCAUCUGCAUGUGCUGGUUAAAGUGUUGCAGGCCAGUUAAUGACGCUCGCAUGACCACCAUGGCCUCGAGUAUCCACGACGCCUCAGUCCUACGACCUGGAAGUGUUUACUCUGGUAAAAUAAACCACGAAGCGUACGUCGGGUCUACGUACAAUGGCUCGACAUUGGGCCACGGCAAUGGACACACUGGGCCAAAUACUCCCGUACAAAUUUUACCAUAUGUGCAGCCGAUGCAUGUCAUGCAUCCAGUUCAUGCGUCGACGCCCCAGCAACCUAUUUACGGUUACUACGGCGAAAACCCACCUCUCCCUAUGUAUGUCUGUGCUUCUGAUGAUAAAUUCAACAGAUAGUUUAUAUAUAGUUACAAAGAAAAAAACAUUUUAUUUAAUUAUACUAUUAUUUAUAUAAAAAUAAUUUUUUAUAUUUUAUCGAAACAGAUUUAUUACGCAGAUGCAUUUAAAUUUUUCA